AUGAGUAACAAGAGAUCAUUAAAGAGAGUAUUGAUUCUAGAUGAUGAUGAUGAAGAAGAAGAUAAGUUUUACAGGCUCAAAGUUCUUUUACCAAACAGCACAAGUGUGACACUCACACUCACUAACAAAGAACCCGAAAUGACAUUGAAGAGUUUUGUUGAUCUGGUUAGAGAGGAGUACGAGAAAACUCGGAAAAAUUGUGAGUUUUCCGGUAAGAAGAAGAAACAGGUUGAUUGGAACCUCGCUGCUAAAUCAUUUCUCGAGUUUAACGGUGAAAAGAUGAAAGGAACCGUUCGAUUUGAGACGUUUAAGCAUGAUUUGUGUAAUAUAAUACGCCUUGAUGAUGGGUCUGGUGAAGAUUCCAUGAUGUAUGAGAAUAUGUGGGAUCUGACACCUGAUACUGAAUUGCUCAAAGAACUACCUGAAAACUAUAGCUUUGACACAGCUCUUGCAGAUCUCAUUGAUAAUUCUUUGCAAGCUGUAUGGUCUUGUUCUCCCAAUGAUCGAAGAUUGAUUAGUGUGGAUAUUCUCAUCGAUCGGAUUUCACUCUUUGAUUCUGGUCCUGGAAUGGACAGCAGCGAGGAAAAUUCCCUUGCUAGAUGGGGGAAGAUAGGGGCUUCAAUACAUAGGUCUCACAAAUCGAAAGCUAUUGGAGGCACACCACCAUACCUUAUGCCAUUCUUUGGGAUGUUUGGAUAUGGAGGAGCUUUUGCUUGUAUGCAUUUGGGAAGGCGUACUUUGGUGUCUUCAAAGACGAAACAGUCCAAGAAAGUCUUCACCUUGCAACUAAAUAAAGAAGAUUUGAUUGAAAGUCGUUCUACCUCUGGCAAAAACUGGAAGGUCGAUGGUGGAAUGAGGGAUCCUUAUGAUGAAGAAAUUAAACUAUCUCCUCAUGGAAGCUUCACCAAGGUGGAGAUCUUUGAACCCAAAUGCAAGUUCCCAGGAAUAUAUCCACUUCAAUGCAAACUUAAGGAUAUAUAUUUUCCUUACAUCCAGUAUGAUGAAAUCUCCGAGACGAGGAGGACUUUAAGGCCUGUAGAGUUUCAGGUUAACGGAGAGGGUUUAACUGAGAUAGUGGGUGGAGAGGUUGCCACCACCAACCUAAACUCCAAGGGUGAAGAAUUUUGGUUUCAGAUUCGUUUCACUGAAAAAAGCAAAGGGACAUCACAAGAGGCAAACGCUCGUCUUAAGUUUGUUUAUUUUCCAAUCGUCCAGGGAAAAGAGAGCACUGAUACAAUUAUGGAAAGCUUAGAGAAUAAAGGAUACAGAGUUUCUGAUGAAAUCAGUCAAACUUUUAGUCGUGUUUCCGUAAGAAGGCUUGGUCGUCUACUCCCAGAAGUCCCUUGGGCAUCAAUUCCAUUUAUGGAAAGAGGAGCCAGAGCCACUACUCUUCAGAGAUGUUGCCAAAGAGUUAAAUGCUUUGUCGAUUUGGAUGCUGGCUUCAACCCAACGCCGUCAAAAACUGAUCUUGCAAGCCAAAACAUAUUCUCUGUGGCUCUGAAAAGCUUUGGUAGUAGAUCGAAGGAGAAGCAUAACGAUGUCAGUAUCGAGAUUCAUAAAGAAGGAGAGCGUUUGAGAAUUGGUGAAGUGGAGCAGAGUUAUCAGGAAUGGGUUCUUAAGAUGCAUAAAUCUUAUGAUGAAGAAAAUGCUUCAGGCGCAGAUGAAGCAAUCGUUGUUUUUGAAUCUUUGGAUCACAAAGCUCUUUGCAUUUCACCUGAUUGUGAAGCUGUGAGGGUGCACAAGGUGGUGAAGAGAAAAGGGAUUACUUGGGAACGUGGACAGAAGAUCAAGAUUCUGAAAGGAGCAUAUAAACUAACUCACAAGAACAAUGUCUACGCCACUAUUGACUAUUUCCUCAUAGAGAACUUCCAGGACGAAGCAGGGGGUGAUGCCAGGAUUAUAUGCAGGCAAAUCAAUAUCUCUGAGGAUGAGGGAUGCAUGCUUUCAACUAUUAACGGAAUGAGACUGGAAAUUCGAAGUUCUUCAUCUUUCCCUAUCAGUAUUAUCGAUUCUAAUGAGUGUGUACUUGUAGAUGAGAAUGAAUGGAACAAAAAACUUGAGCAGCAAAAAGAAAAGGAUCCAUCAAGAAUUGAUGUUCUUGAUGAGAGAGACUGCAGAGCAUUGAAAUUUGAUGGGGAAUCAACAAUUGGUGAUUCAGUGUGCGCUGGACAAACUCCGCCGCAACAGAUUGUUGCAGUUGUUCGACCUGCUAGCUUCUCGUCUUCAAAGCAGUUGAAAAAGUUUGAUCAAAAACAGAUUGUGAAAAUGGAUGGAGCGAUGCUCUUGGAAGUAGAGCUUACAAAAGACAAAAACAUGAAAUCAAGGGAGAAGAACACACAGCCUAUGUAUUCGGUUCGCUCUCUUCCCACAUCACGUGGAGGGUUUCAUGGUCUUUACAUCUUCCCACUUGAGUCCAAGUUCCCCAACAUGUUCAAGAAAGCUGGGACUUACAAUCUUUGUUUCUCUGUUGGGAAUUCGAUUACUUAUAGAAAAAAGUUGGUUGUUGAACCAUCUUCAAAGGUGGGAUGUUGGAAACUUGCUUCUAAUCUGGAGACCAUUAAUGUCCGGGUGGGAUCUUUGCUUCCGCCUUGCUCUAUCGCUUGCUUUGAUGAGUAUGAGAAUCCGAUACCAUUCACUUGUGUUCCAAGUCUGGAAGUUAAACUGAGAGCCAGUCCGGGAUUCGAACUCCGGGUCGAUGAGGUUGAGGCUAACCUGAUAGCUCGUGGAGUUCUCCAAGUCAAGAAUAUGCUCGUUGAGGCUGAUUGGUUAGAUCACAUCAGACCAGAUUACAAAGCAACCUUAGAGAUAUACUCAAAGGAUGAACCAUUUUCCCUCUCAGUUGCUUGUAAAAUGAAACCUGGGCCUCUGAAGUCUGUUGUAGAAAGUAAUCCACAAGCUUUCGAAAAUUUGCUUCCAGAUUCAUUUGUAGAAAUUUUUAUCUUGCAGAUGAUGGAUGGAUAUAAUAACCAUGUUGCAGAAGGUACCAAUGUUCUUAUAAGUAUUGAUGGCUUUUGUAUCCAAGACUCUAUGUCCUCUAAUCGAAAGGUUGAUGGUAAUGGCUGCAUUGAUCUCUCUGGAAUUCUCAAAGUCACAGCAGGCUACGGGAAAUAUGUAUCACUUUCUGUGAUGCAUGAUAAUGAAGAGAUCUUUAAGAAAGUGUCUCUCAUUGAGAAACGAGACCUCGUGCUCUUAACGGAGCUGCCUGAGUACUGUGAGGCUGGUUCAAAUCUUACAAACCUCAUAUUCAAAGUGACGGAACCAGACGGUUCGUUGGAUACCAACAUCCAUCACGACGAAAAAUCCGGGAGUUUCCACACCAUGACCAUUGAAUCUGAUUCAAGCACCUUUGAGAGUGGAAUCAGAUAUGCCUUUGUCCAUGGUUGCUGCAAAGUUGUUUCACUCUCACUACCUGAGACCGAGGGUGUCUUCUCUUUCAAGGCUUUCCAUUCUCGGUUUCCCGACAUUCAUAUGAGCUUUAAGAUUCAGUUAACUUCUGCUCAAACAUCUGAAAGAGAUGAGAUUGGGUGUUCUGAUCCUUUCCCAAGGAUGUGUGAAACACCUCAAUCAAAGAUGGGUUCGACCACAAAUCAAUGGGUGACUCCAACUCAAAAGACUCCAUGCUCAGAGUUUGGUGUUCUGUCCAGUAGGGAAUUGUCAUCGGCUCUGAGUAGCCAAACUGUCCCACUGGAUAUGGCACAGUACGCUGACAUGCUUAAAGCAAAGCUCAAUAGUUACAGCGAACGCAGAGUGGAAAUAGAUGAGUGUCUAAAGCGUUUGGAAGCUGAACAACAACAGGCUGAGCAAGUGUUGAGUACCUUACAAGAUUCUCUGGAACAUCUCGGUGCGGCUUUUCCAGAAUGCCUAUCCACGAAAGAAUCAAUGAUGAAACACAUCGAAGAGAAGCACCAUGAAACUGCAGCAGCGGUUUUCUGUUGUAUGUACAGAAAUGCUCCUACUCCGAAGUCUUUUAUUCUGGCAACGAAGGGAUAUCACAGGGUAUUGUCUGAGUAUUUGGGGGAAGACACAAUGCUGGCUUUGGUAUGCAAAUCGUCACGACUUGGAUCGAAUAGUUCAGAGUAUCUCAGGCUUCAGUCCGAAGCAGUUAAGCUCGGAAGAUCAAUCACUAAACGGUUUCAUGUUUUAUGUCUUGAUGCAGCGAGACCCUGGACGGAUAAAUUUAUGGAGAUCGAUCCUCAGAUGAAAUUAGCCAUGGAUGAUCCGAAGCUGCCCGAUGGAGAUCCCAUACCGGGUUUCAAAGGCUAUGCGGUGAAUAUGAUUGAAUUGGCACCUGAAGAGCUGUUCCUAAAAACAUACGAUGGUCGAGGGCUUAGAGAGACGCUCUUCUAUGGUCUCUUUGGGAAAUUACAGGUUUAUGAGACCCAAAGACAUGUUGAAGAAGCUCUCCCACACCUCAGUGGUUAUGGCGCUGUAUCUUUAGAUGGCUUUAUCGCCAAAGGAAACGGAUUUAUAUAUUCCGGGUGCAGCAAACCGGAGAUUCAUUUCCCGAUAACGGUGAGGGAAGAUGAAGAUGAGAAGCUGAGAGAAAGGGAAGCAGCAAGAGACAGAGUGAAAAUGGUGGUAAGGAAGAUAGAGGAGGAGAGGUGUUCGUUGCUCAAGUUAGAGAAAAAAAUGAACAAGACUAAAGAAAGAUAUGACAAAUGCAACAAAACUUUCUUUUGA